GGUUACAAAAGUGGUGCUGCGCGCACAUUUCCUGCUGCUGCGUUUUUGUUCCUCAAAAUCAAAUUCAAGCAUGAACUCCCACGAUAUCGACCCAGAUGAUUAUGAUUGGCAGCCGCCAUCAGAGGCUGACUUGAAGGUGAUUGAGGCACGUCGGGAGCGGAAUGACCAGAUCAGCAAACGGAUGGGAGACUACCUACUGAAGGGGUGGAAGAUGCUGGGUACUAACUGUGAGGAGUGUGGGUGUAUUCUGCUGAGGGACAAGCAGGGAGCUGACUACUGUGUGGCCUGUAAUGAACUUGAAUCUGAUCAUGACAAGGAUAAUCCAGCUGUAAGUGAAGUAGCAGCUCGAGGCCUGCAUCGAGAGGCCCAGUACGCCACAGCAGCCAAGGACCUGGCCUCCUCGGGACAGGAGCCUGUCAUCAACCACGUGGCCUCACCGCCCAGGAACGUCAGCCAACAGGAAGACACCGUACCCAGGAACAGACUCACGUCAGUUAAUCCGAUAGCUGUUGUGUCCAGUGCGCCACAACAGGUCAGCUCGGCCAGUCAGAGCCACGUGUACUCACCAGCAGACGAGUGGGGAGAAACAACAGAAGUAGCAGGCAUGUCAGUAGACGCUGUCCAGAAGAAACUGUUGUGGGCAACUGAAGAGUUAGGGAAGACUUCAUCGAUAGAGAAUAGCAUUCAACUCUGCAUGUUGAUAAAGGCUUGUGCAGAAGCAAUUGGUAGCAUUGAAAAAGUGUAG